AUGAAAUAUGACAUAGGCCUGAAAAAUUGCCGUGAAGAUUUUGAUAUUAAAAUUGAACCAACUGAAGUGACUAAGCACAUUCUAAGAUGUGGUGAAAAUGAGAAUCAAACCGAAUUGCUUAAUGAGGUAUACAGAGCAGGUUCAACGAGAUUGUUGCAGUCCUGUCCUUUAGCAGAAACUAGGACACCAGUGAAGCAAAACACUGUGCUACAUAUUGCAGCUUGGUAUGGCAAUGAUGACAUUGUCGCAAUUGUAAUCGAACGUGCUCCAGAUCUUUUGUUUACAUUUAACAAAAAUAAUGAUAGUGUCUUGCACGUUGCUGCAAGAGGUGGACACACGUCAACCAUUAAAAAGCUAUUAGAUGGUUAUACUAAUUCUGAACGACCUGAUAUAAAAAAAGCAUGGUAUAAAUACGAAGUUAUCACUUUGGAUUUGGACUAUGAUGCAAAGUCAAACAUGGAACAUCUAUUAAAAUUUGUGAAACAGAAGAAUGAUCAAGGUAACACUAUGUUUCAUGAGGCAAUGCUAUGUGACAAGAGAAGUAUUGGCGGGGAUAUGAUUUUCAAAGCAUGUGAACAAUACAAAACUGAAGAUUGGGAUGAGCAGUCAUUAUCAAGUUGUUGCUAUAAAUAUGCAUUAGAAGUUGUUAACAGAGCAAAGCAAUCAGUACUUUACCUUGCGGUUAAGAAUGGGGACAAGGAUGCAGUCAAACUAAUCUUAGACAACUACCAAAAGGAUGAAGCUUGGCCGGUGGGGCUAUCACCCAUUGUAGCAGCAAUCAUGAUGCGGAAUCAAGAAAUGAUGAGGAUCAUACUACAAAAAAUGCCAGAUUGGAUCCAUUCAAUGGACAAACAUGAAAGACUUCCUAUUCAUUAUGCAACAUCGAUAGGUUAUCUUGAAGGUGUUGAUUUAUUACUUAGAAUAUGUAAAUGUUGCACCAAUCGAAAGGACAAAUAUGGUUAUUUCCCAAUUCAUCUAGCAUCUUAUGGAGGUCAUGUGAAUGUAGUGAAAAAGUUGUUAGAAAUAGAAUAUUGUCCUGAUCCAACAGAGAUGCUUGAUACUUCUUAUGAGCGUAAUAUUUUUCACAUCGCAGCGAAAAUGGGAAACCAUGAGGUUAUACGCUACAUACUACAAAGUGAUCAAAUCGGUGAACUUGAUAAGAAUUAUAUGAUAAAUCAAAAGGAUAUAGAAGGAAAUACACCUUUGCAUCUGGCUGCAAAAUCAUGUCAUCCAAAAACUGUUUUCUAUUUAACAUGGGAUGAAAGAGUGGAUUUUGGUCUGGUCAACCAAAAAAACCAAACAGCUCUUGAAGUUGUUAAUGAAAUUUCCCAACUCAGUAGUUCAUCCACUAGACAGCAACUUACACUCACUGCACUGAAUUCUGCUGGCGCAAAACCAAAUUUUGAAAGACAAAAUGACUCGAGCUCAUCAAAAUCGGAGCAGAUAGAUGAAAGUGACUCGAAAUCAAAUGUGAGUGGCUCAAAGUCUAAAGAAAGUAACGAAAAUGUCUACAACACUGCAGACAACUUUUUUUUGACAGGCUCCGACACCCAAUAUAAAGAUAGGGUAGAGACACUCAUAUUGGUUUCAACCCUUAUAAUCACUGCUUCAGUAGCAGCAUGUUUUGCUGUUCCAGGUGAAGCAGACGGAAGAGCACACAACCUAUAUCAUGUAAUGUUCCAAUUUUUCAUCUUCUUCAUCACAAUAUCAUUGUUUAGUUCCAUUAGUGCUACUAUCAUACUCUUUUGGGCAACACUAGGAUUGACUAAAUUGGUGACUUUCUCUCUCAAAAUUGUGAUGCCACUUCUUGGAAUCGCUCUCACUUCAUUAACUUUGGCUUUCAUGGCUGGUCUCUACACUGUUAUCAGUGAACUUAGAUGGUUGGCCAAUCUUUUUUUGGUUAUGACAGUGAUUUUUGUCGUGCUUGUGAUUUUGUUGUACACCGUCCUUUUCCUCCCCUCAGCAUCAACUAGAAAGUCCAUGCGAUAUAUUUCCUACUACCCCUUUCUUUUCCUAGCAUGGCUUGCAGAGUAA